AUGGAUAACGACUUCUUAUUAAAGAAUUUCAAUAAGGAUAGGCGUCGGCGUUAUAAUUCAGUUUCGAGCACCGGCCAGCAACGACAAGGUCGAUCAUCGCCAACCAACGACAAUAGUUCAACUUCUAACCAAAACAAAAAUGAAUUACUGCCAGGAAAUGACGAAUAUUUUCAUGAUCGAAAUCAUACAUUUCAUUUAUUGAGCAUUGCUAGCUUAUCUAGUCAGCAUAGCCGUCGUAGCAACAAAUCAACCUCGGGUAGAAGUUCUGCAAGACGUUCCUCUCGCCAACGAUCACACACGAGUUAUCAUUCCGAAUCUGCUAAUACAAGCAGUAAUCAUAGUAGUAAUGCAGUUUCAUUAGAAUCGCCACCGACGUACCUAAAUACUAAUGAUUCUCCUGUUGAAGGUGAUCAGGAUAAAAGCCAUCGGCGUAGGAGAGGAAGUCGUCGAAAAUCACCAGCUCGAUCUCGUUCACGUUCAAGUCGUCCAGGGACCGAGAAUUAUCUUUAUAGCUCAUUUAAUCACUUGACCGGCGUUCUAUCCUUAUCCACUAGACAGAACGCCUCCAAGCAAUCAUCAAUGCUCAAUAACCUAGGCCCUAUCGAAAGAUUUAAGAGAGUAGUAUAUAUAGUUCAAUGGUUUAUAUCCAUAUCAAAAAAAGCAAAUCAAAGUAAACAGAAAGAAGAUCUUGCGGGGCUGCAUUCUUUUACCGAUAUCGAAAAGGAUCUGGCUCAGAUCCAGACCAACACAUCAUUGGCCUUCGAUCCAAGAAAGUAUAGAGCAUCUACUGAGAGCACUCUAACCAAUGAUGUUAUCAGCAUCUUAAAAAUAAAGUCCAGCAAAAGAACGGAUGAACAGAUUAAGAAGGUUGUAACCGCUCUGAAAACGAUUGAAACAUUUGCGGAGUAUCCCCUUCAAAUGCAAUGGGCUUUAUGUAAACAUGGAUGCUACCAAUCCUAUGAGGCCAUGCGUGUAAUCAUUCGCCAAGGCCACUAUGCAGAAAAUUAUUACAUGAUUUUAUCUGGAUCAGUGGUGGUUUCUAGUGUUAGCAUGAAUCAAUCUACCAAAGAGCUGCAAUCUCAAACGUUGGCAUUAUUAAAGCGUGGCGCUUGUUUUGGGGAACUCGCUCUAGUUCAUCAUUCUCGAAGAAAUGCAACUGUAACUUGCCGAGAUAAUGUCAGUCUGCUAACGUUAAGUCGUGAGGCUUUUAUGAAUUUAUUUAUGGGUUACAAAGAAACCGGUGGUGAACCAGAUCAUAUUAUCUUUCUACGGACAAUUCCUUCCAUGCAACACAUUCCUUUAUCAUUAUUAAGCAAUAAUCCAGGCGUCUGCUUAUUUCAUUAUUUCAGGCGUGGAGCAGUAGUCGUACGCGAUUCUAGUCGUUCAGAUUGGGUAUACAUCGUUAAAUCGGGGUAUUGUGAAGUUUUAAAAAGAAUGCGUGUAAAGGAUUCUAUUCCACCUCGAAGUCGACCAUUAUCGGAACUGGAAGAAUUCUGGAAGUAUCAUUCGGAAUAUGACAUAGAUCGCAAGAACGAAAAUAAUAAAUUUAUCCCGUCCUUGCCGCCAUUAGCCAAAUCGUUAUAUGCUUUCCAAAGACUUGCCAGUACAACUAAAACUUCACCAAGCCUGAAUGUAGAUAGCUUACUCUUCUCUAAGGGUCAUAGAAGACCGAAAACGACUCCGGAAAUUGUCUUACCGAGAAUUGAAGAUGGCAGCUAUAGGAUAGCAGCCAUUCAAUCUGAUACCGAAGAGUGGGUUUAUCAUGAUUCCAAAUUACCAAAUUUAAGCGAACUUCAGCAGCUACAUAACGAAGACGUUCAAGAAGAUUUGAGAGUGCAUGAGCAACAAUUAGAGGAAGUCUACAAGAAAUUAUAUAAGAAUAAAAAAGGGCUGGAAAAUAUUAUAUUUGACGAUGUGAUUGGAACAAGUUUGAUUACGAUGGCUAUAAUGUCAUUUGUAGAAGCUAAAUUUUUGCGCAGUAAUAGUUCAAUAGAGGUUAGCAAUGGCGCUGAAUGCAUAAUGAUCUCUAAAGAAUUUCUCCAAGAACAUUUAACAAAUCAUGCGAAAGAGAUAUUACGCUUCGAGACCCAACCGUAUCCCAGUGAAGAUGCCUUGAAACAAAAUUUUCAAGCUCAAACGGCAUGGAACGAUUUCAAACGGAAAACAGUUAAACAUAUAUUAAAAUUACAUAAUUUAACUCUUGAUCAAUACUGA